GGUAAUGUCAGGCAGAUUGUGCGGCAGAACAACGUCGAAGUACUGCUGGCAUGGGCCGCAGAGUUUGGUUCAGUCUUUCGAUUCAGAAGCUUGAUGGGCAGGGACAAGCUGAUAGUUUCUGACCCAAGACUGGUUCAAUACGUGCUCGGGACAGCAACAUACGACUUUCCCAAGCCAGCUUGGCUAAGAGCCUUUUCUAGGGCCUUUCUAGGACCAGAUAUAGUGUGUUCCGAAGGGAAUGAUCACAAAAGGCAGAGGAAAGUCAUAUCGCCCGCAUUCGGCCACACGGAAGUGAGGGCACUUUUCCCAGUGUUCAGAUCCGUAGCGGUGAACUUAGGAAAUAAAUGGCAUGAUAUCGUGCAAGACUGCUCAGAUCAAACUUGCAUAGAUGUCCACGACUGGCUCAGCCGCGCUACUCUGGACGCAAUCGGGGAAGCUGCCUUCGAAAUGCACUUGGGAACGAUGGGCAAUCCGCAUAGUGAGCUGGCAGAGAUAUAUAGAAAUUUCAAUGUUGAUUCUACUCCAGCCAGCAGACGUCUACUGAACGCCGUACUGGACUUCAUUCCCGUCUCUCUCAUUUUUCCCGUGUUAAACCGUUUACCACUGAAGCAAAUCGUCGUGCUUCAAGAGCAUAAAAAGUGGGCGGACAGAGUGGCUCGUGAGCUGGUGUCAUGGAAGAUGGCAGAAUUUCGAGAAGGCAAGGGCAAGCGGGAUGUAUUCAGCUUGCUAGUGAAAGCGAAUGCCUCAAUGCAAACUGAGCGGCGUCUAACAAAGGAAGAAUUCUAUGCCCAAAUGAGCACGAUGUUCUUUGCCGGUCAUGACACUAUCGCCAGUACAUUGACGUGGGCGCUGUGGCUGCUUGCGAGUCAUGAGGAAGCCCAAAGCCGACUCCGCGAAGAGAUAAAGAACGCACGGUCAGCCGCGCGGGUACGUGGUGUCGAUGAGUUGGAGUUCACCGACAUCGAAAACAUGGCGUACCUUCAAGCGUUUCUCAAGGAAACGCUGCGUCUGUAUCCCACCGUAUUUCAGACGUCUCGCGUUGCGAGCAAGGACUCUGUACUUCCGCUAUCCCGUGCUAUUGAGACAACGGAUGGACGAACUAUCGACCAGAUCCACGUCCCAGCAGGUACAGAGAUAAUCAUCGCGAUCGGUAGUUACAACAGGGAUAAGACUAUCUGGGGUGACGAUGCUAACGAGUUCAACCCUGAUAGAUGGCUGAAGGGCGAAGUGGCCGUGAAACACGGAAAUCCCAUUGGCGUCAUCGGAAAUUUGUUGACUUUCUCCAGCGGCACUAGGGCGUGCAUCGGUUGGCGAUUUGCCAUGGCGGAGAUGCAAAGCUUUCUCGUCGAGCUUAUCGACCGAUUCGAAAUUCGUCCUCAGCAUUCUAAACAGCGGGUCUGCCAGUGGGGUGAUAAUUUGACCUCCACCCUCGUAGACGGAGAAGAAGAUAAGGGAGCGGAAUUGAAUCUGAGCGUUUCACUCGCGUCAAGAGACUGA